CAAGAAAAAAAUAUCACACUUUAUAAUUAACCUUGUCCAUAUUUUCAGAAAUAUUCAAGUUUAAGUGAUUUAUAAUUAUCUGUUAUCAUAUAUAGUUUCAUCAAAUGGCUGCUUCUGGUUUUGAAGGAUUUGAGAAGAGGCUGGAGCUACACUUCUCCGGCGAUGACCCGGUGAUCGGAAUGGGUGGUCUCCGGCACGUUGACUUUGAUUCAAUAGAGGAAGUAUUACAUGCUGUGCAGUGCACCGUAGUAUCAGCUGCUGGUAACCAAUAUUUUGAUUCCUACGUACUAUCAGAAUCAAGCCUUUUCGUAUACCCCACAAAAAUAAUCAUCAAAACAUGUGGGACCACCGAGUUGUUAAAAUCUAUCCGUCCAUUUAUCCACUAUGCAUGCGAAAUUGGACUUAUUAUAACUGAGUGUAGGUACACUAGAGGAAAUUACAUUUUCCCAAAAGCACAACCUUACCCUCAUACAAAUUUCAAAGAAGAAAUUAUUUACUUACAAGACCAAUUACCUAAUCAUCUUUGCUACAGAAAAGCCUCUGUUAUGCCUUCAAAAUUCACUUCACAUUCUUGGCAUGUAUUUUCAGCUAGUUGUGACAAGUUUUACUCACUUCCUAUUUCGAACGAUUUGUACACAGUGGAAAUUUGUAUGACGGAUCUUGACCGGGUACUUGCCCGGAAAUUCUUUAAACAUCCGGAUACUACCGGAAAACAGAUGACGGAGAUAACCGGAAUCGGAGAUAUUAACUCAAAUGCAUUGAUUUGUGACUUUGCAUUUGAUCCUUGUGGAUAUUCCAUGAAUGGUAUUGACGGAGAUCGUUACUCUACAAUUCAUGUAACGCCAGAAGAUGGUUUUAGUUACGCGAGUUAUGAGUGUGUGGGGUCCAUUUACGAUGAUCGUGAUGAUAUUGUUAAGGUUUUGAAGAAGGUGGUUCAGGUUUUCCGACCGGGGACGAUGUCCGUGUCGAUCACGUGUACGAACAGCAGUGAGAUUUGGAGCAGAAUUGUUAAAGCCGUAGAGCCACUUGGGAUGAAACGCCGGAGUUGCACGGUUGAUGAAUUUCCUGCUGCUGGAACUGUGGUGUUUCAAACUUUUACGUCCACCAGGAAAUAGGUGAAUUGUAUGAUGAUGAGGCAGAUUUCAGGAUUUGAACUUAAAGUUUUUAGUAGUGAACUCGUUGUAUUUUAAAAUUAUGGGUUCAUAAUAUUAUAUUUAUUGAAAUUUCAAUAAAUUUUUGUUCAUAGA